GACGUACUCGGAACUGUUUCCAAGGUUUUAUCAGGUUUGGGUGGUGUCGCGGCUGCUGGUCCUGGGAGCCAAGGCAACGGAGAUCUUCCCAACUUGCGAGAGCGCCCCCUUCUCCCACGGCUUCGGGGACCCAGCAACAGCUAUGGCUCCGGUGUCUGGCUCCCGCAGCCCGGAGUGGGAGGCCUCGGGCUCCGGGGGGAAGCGUCGCAGUUCGUCGAAGAGCCCUAAGCCCAGCAAAUCCUCUCGCUCCCCGCGGGGCCGCCGCUCUCGCUCGCACUCUUGCUCUCGGUCCGGGGACCGGAAUGGCCUUAGCCAUCAACUGAGUGGCCCCAGCCAAGGCUCCCGAAACCAGUCCUACCGCUCCCGCUCGCGGUCACGCUCUCGAGAGCGGCCUUCCGCGCCGCGGGGCGCCCCUUUCGCUUCUGCCUCCUCGUCCGCCUAUUAUGGCGGCUACUCACGCCCCUACGGGAGCGACAAGCCAUGGCCUAGCCUCCUGGACAAGGAGAGGGAAGAGAGCCUGCGGCAGAAGAGAUUAAGUGAGAGAGAGAGGAUUGGAGAAUUGGGAGCUCCUGAAGUAUGGGGACUUUCUCCAAAGAAUCCAGAACCAGACUCUGAUGAACAUACACCAGUAGAGGACGAAGAGCCAAAGAAAAGCACCACUUCAGCUUCUACUUCAGAAGAAGAAAAGAAGAAGAAGAAGAAGUCUAGUCAUUCAAAAGAAAGAUCCAAGAAAAGGAGGAAGAAAAAAUCAUCUAAAAGAAAACACAAGAAGUAUUCUGAUGAUAGUGACAGUGACUCUGAUUCUGAAACAGACUCUAGUGAUGGAGAUACAAAAAGGAGAGCAAAGAAAGCCAAGAAAAAGGAAAAGAAGAAGAAACGCAGAUCGAAGAAAUAUAAGAAAAAGAAGUCUAAGAAGAGCAGAAAAGAUUCCAGUGAUUCAAGUUCUAAAGAGUCCCAAGAAGAGUUUCUGGAGAAUCCCUGGAAGGAUCGAUCAAAGCCUGAAGAACCCUCAGAUUUGAUUGGCCCAGAGGCUCCCAAAACACUUGCCUCUCAAGAUGAUAAACCUUUGAACUAUGGCCAUGCUCUGUUACCUGGUGAAGGUGCAGCUAUGGCUGAGUAUGUAAAAGCUGGAAAACGUAUCCCACGAAGAGGUGAAAUUGGCUUGACAAGUGAAGAAAUUGCAUCAUUUGAAUGCUCGGGUUACGUAAUGAGUGGUAGCAGGCAUCGCCGAAUGGAGGCUGUGCGACUGCGAAAAGAGAACCAGAUCUAUAGUGCUGAUGAGAAGAGAGCCCUUGCAUCCUUUAACCAAGAAGAGAGACGAAAGAGAGAAAACAAGAUUCUGGCCAGUUUUCGAGAGAUGGUAUACAGAAAAACUAAAGGGAAAGAGGACAAAUAAGGAUUUUCUGAUUGUUCAUCAGACAUUUUUAACAACAAAAAAGAAAGUUUGGGUUCCAUAUAUACACACAAAAAGAUUAUCAUGAUCUGAAGAAGCUUUACAGUGCUAUACUGUGCCUUCUAUUUAAUUCUUUCAGUCCUUCUAUAAAAAGCUGCUUAUUGAUGUAACUUUAGCAAGCUCUUUGGGUUAUUUUGGAUUGACCAAAACAACCUUCUGGUUUAAAAAUCCAAAUUAUGAAUGAAACUCUACUGUGUUGGGGGAGGUGGCAUUGAGAGAAGGUGCUGGUGAGGUGAGAAACUGAACUCUCACACCAUGGGACAGUGCUCCCAUUAGCUCUACAUGGUGCCCACUCCCCAACUCAUCCCAACUGAACUUGUGAGAAAUUAUCAUUCCUCUAUGUUGAAUGUGUUAUAAAUGGACUUGAUAGAAACACACAGGAGGCCACUUUUGUUACCAAAAUGAAGGCAUGGCUGAAAAAAGCAAAUCUGGAAUUUGAAGGUUGACUUGUAUAUUACAAUAUUAUUGUCAGCUCUGGAAGUAAUGUAUUUUGAUUUUAGUCCCUGCCUCCACCCCAAAACCAACAAACAAACCAAAAAGCAAACUAACCCACAGACUUGUUGAAUUGAAAAUGUGAACAUUAGUUUUAAAAUUCUUAAUAGGUUAAUUAAAAAUGGUUAUUUCAAAUAUAAAAUAUUGGGAAGUCUCCUGUUGUGCCAGUGUAAGUACAUUAUUUCCGUCUGAGCUGUGUUUAGAUCAUUAUUUGAAUACUAGAAAUGGAUGGGAGUCAACAAUGGUCAGGAGUUUAAUAAGGAAAAAUAUAAUGAGUCAUUGUUUUCAUUGUUUUAACUUGGUUGCUUCAUAAGGAUGAAGCUAAAAUGAUGUUAAACGUUUUUAAAAUCUGUCCUUUGUAAUAAGCAGAUUUCAUUUUAAGCAUUGCUAAACUUUUCAGUUUAUUUUUUACAUCUGUCAUUCAGUUUAAUCUGUAACUUCAUAUAGAACCCCUCACUUUCUCACUUUUUUAUGGCUACUGUUGGCUUUUAAGUUUGGGAGAAAUGGAAAAUUCUGGGACUGUGAGAUCGUGAUCUUUUUCCUUCCCUCCUUUUGUUAAAGUUUAGUUGUUAGGACAUACGAGCGAAGGGGGAGGGGAUAGUAGAAGUUUUGGCUGUUUUUGUUAAGGUUGUUUUGAGCUGCAUUAUUAUGUGCCUAGGAUAAAUUUAAAUUAUCUGAGUGAUGGGGAAUUUCUGACUUUGCUGUUGUAAAAUGCCCUCUCUCCUUACAAUAAAGUUUUUUUUUUAAAAAAAGGUUUUUUUUUUUGGAAGAGAACACUGCAUUUAUUUAACCCCAUAAAUUAUAACAUCUUAACACAUGUAAAAUUUUUGUAUUUUUAAAGUGCUUUGAAAGAUAUUUUUUUUAACAAGUGGAAAAUAAUGUUCUUUAAAAGACAUCAAACUUUUAGUGGAAAAUGAUAUUACCAGAAGCAUGUAAGGAUUUGUUCAUCCUCUUCAAGAAAUGGGAUUUUUAUGUAAAAUAUAUAUGUAGCACUGAAUGCCAAAAUGAUGGGUAUGUGUGGUUGGAAUUAAAAAUGAGAUUUGCUAAUAAACCCAUCGGGAUGGUGUCUUAAGUCAAGAACGACCUUGAGAGGGGAGAGGGAGGGGCGUUGGGUAAUCAGUGCUUCCGGAGGUGAACUUCCUUGCCUUGUGAUGGGUUUGAGUUAGUGGUCAGGACAGCCAUUCAGACUGACAGUCCCCCGAACUUCUGCGGCUUCAGUGACAGGGACAGGAAUGUGGUUGACUUGAAUAUUCUUCAGGCAGCCAAAAAAGGAUUUCCACGCAGGAAGCUUCAGGGUUUUCAAAUUAGCUGGGACACCUCCAAUGUGCAGAUGCUCCUGCGUGCGGGCAGUGGGGACGGGGUGCUGUCCAGCGGUGGAACUAUAGUCUGCGUCCAGUUUCAGGUGCAGGAUGUGCUGUUUUAUGGUGACUGUCACUGAGUGCCACUGUCCGUUACACAGAGAUUGCUUUGGUGUGACCGAUGUCAGGAUCCCACCUGCCUCACUGCCCACAGAGGCCGUGACCUUUCCUGCCUCCAUAUAAACACAUAAGUGCUCCCCAGGUUGACUUCCGAUGUGAAUUAGAGUUCCAGUGAGACUUCUCGGGCGAAUGCUGAAAACAAGCUUAAAUUCUGGCCCCAAAAGCACGGAGUUAGCUAGGAUGACAUGACCUCCUUCUUGAGAAAAGUAGAUGCCUUUCUCCAAAGAGCCAUCCAAGCAGGGAGACACCCCAAAGCUUGCAGAAGCAGUGUCCAGGGGUUUCAAAUCCAACUGAAAGUUCCUCAGGCAUCCCACAAAGCUGUUUUGGGGGAGGGUCUUUGGUUUUCCUGAUGGAGACGAUCCCAGGUAAACUGGUGCUCUGAGGCUGACGGUGGAAUUUCCGGGCAAACUUCCCUCCCGGGCCCUUAGACCAUCCACAACCAAGCGCCCCCUUUCUCCAUCUUGCCCAAAUGCCACCGUGUGCCACUUCCCAUCACUGCACUUUGCUCUUGAGCUUCAGUUUUUUUCCUCCUGCGCCCAGUGCAAAGACCAGACGUCCUUUCGAAAGAUAAAGAGCCAUAAAGGAGUUCUUAGUGCCUGUGUAAAACACGAGCCCUCUGGACGCCGUUGUCUGCAAGUCCACGGCAAACUGUGACCUGGGUUUCAGCAACUCCUGGGGAAGCAUGAAUAGCAAGUGGCUGGUGGGACUGUCCCCAAACCUGAGGGCUCUGUGGCUGGCCUGGGCCUCUGGAAGUGGUGGGCAAGACUGGGCAUCUCCCCUCACCUUCAAGCUCCUUGGGGAGGCAGCUGGUGUGUCACGCAAUGGCUGGUGGAUAUUGAAAAAAUUUAAAAAUUAAAAAGUAAAAAAAUUUUUUAAAUAAAUAAAUAAAUAUCUUUCAAAGCACUUUAAAAAUACAAAUAAUUUACAUGUGUUAAGAUGUUAUAAUUUAUGGGGUUAAAUAAAUGCAGUGUACUCUUCAAAAAAAAUAAAAGAAAAAAUGUUUUAAAACAAGGCAGUGAAAAUAUACUUUAUAUACUUUAUCAAAGUAUAGAUAAAAUUUUUACUACUUAACAUAUGUUCUAGGAAAAUGUCUAACUUUAACCCACAAUUAAUGAACCAAACAGCCAGUUGGCAUGUAGCAACAUUUAUGAUCCCUGAACUUGAAGUGAUUUCAAUUUAUCAUCAUUGUUGCCUAGCCUAAUAAAUGUAUUAUUUCCAAAAGUUAAAAGGAAA